AUGAUAGAUGAGAAGCUAUCCUUCCGUGAACAUCUCGAUAGUGCAUGCAUAAAAGCUAGUAAGACGGUAUCCAACUCGUCAAGGAUUAUGGCAAACUGCAUGGGACCACGAACCCGAAAACGACGAGUCCUGCUUGAGGUAGUCCAUUAUAUACUGCUAUACGGAGCAGAGAUAUGGGCGGAUAUCCUCAAGCAAAAAACAUAUCGGCGCAAAAUAGCGUCAGUGCAAAGACUAGGAGCUCUAAGAGUUACCUGUGCCUAUCGCACGGUCUCUGAAGCAGCUGUAUUGGUAAAAGCAGGACCAUACCAAUUGACUUGCUAG